AUGGCGCCCUCUGUUGGUCACCUGCAUAAGCUGGUGGCCAGAAACUCCAGGCUUCUAAAAGAAGCUUGGAAGAAGACCAAACAGCUUAUAGAGAACAAAUUACCUCCUUCGAUUCGUCCUACCGAGGCUGAACUCGCCCCCGUCUAUGCCCGCAAUGCUCCGAAGCAGCACCCGCUCCACCGCAUUGCCGCCCUCAAACAGAGCAAGGGCCGCUGGUACACGACUCACAGCACCAUCAAUGCCGCUGUCCGUCGCUUUACCACCCAGGCUACGCAAUCCGCCAAGUAUGACCGCGCGAGCUUCCCUAGCUCUCGCGUGCGUACUGCCAUCAACCUGUCAACCGGACGCGCUCCGUUCGCAUCCACGCUGCGGCCGAACCUUACCGGUGGUACGCUAGGCAGGACGGCCGGAGGUUACACGCUUGGUGGCGGAAGAGUCGGCGGUGCCAGAUACUUCUCGCACUCGCCCGCCGCGCCGGCGCAGGUCGUUCAGAAUGUCUCGCAGGCCGUCCGUGCCUUUCUGAUCGGCGGCAAGAAGGCGCAGUAUGAUGGCGUCAACCCGCGCAACGGCGAGAAGCGGUUCAAGACUGUCAGCGCUCUCCAGGACCAGGUCGAGCGCAAGAUGAACACCGUGCCCAAGGCCACUCCUGGCUCGUUCAUCAACUUCAACCUCAACCCCUCCGUCACAGCGCUCACCCCCCUCAGCGCCGUGUCUGGUUUCUCCAGCCAGACCGAGAAGAUGAACCUCAACUCCGAAGGUCUCCUUGACGUCCUCACCGUCGACUUCUCCCGCCAGCUGAAGGAGCUUGCCAUCGUGCUUAACGACCUGAACCGUCUGGCAGGCCUUGGCGACCUCCCAAUCACGUACCAGGGCUCGACCCUGCGCGUGCACUUCCCCGGCUGCGACGCUGAGUCAGUCGAAAGACUGUGCGACGAGAUGGGCGUGCAGCGCGGUCUCAUUGAGCAAGACGAGGACUUUGACGCCUUCGUCGGCACCGAGAUCGCGCUCAUGUUCCCCUUCGCGCCGAGCAAGACGCCCUCAGAGUCGUCGUUCCUGGCCCGCCCCGCGGACGAGCGCCUCGCCUACCAGGAGGAGGAGCCCAUCGACUGGCGCGGGAUGCUGACGCCUCAAACACCGGAGAUCGAGCGUCUCUCGACGCCAGCGUUGUCGUCGCACUCGGACUUGAGCGAGGCAAACUUCGAGGAUAUUGUCUGCGAGGAGAACCCUUGGGUCUCGUCACCGACGCCGUCGGGCUAUGAGAGCAUUCACUCAAGCCACCUUGAGGAGUCGCUCCCGUCCGACCCGCUUGAGUACCAGGGCAUUGAGGGCAUUUACCGCUUCAUCGAGCAGUGCGACGCCGCUGCUGCACGUCGCUAG